AUGUUCUGCUUCUGCCUGCAGAGUUCCCUGCUGAAGCUCCAGGCUCUGGAGGUGGACGGGGGCGCGUCGCUGGGUCCUUCCCCAGAGGAGAGCCCCCCCGGCCUGGGCAGCAAGGAGCAGAUGAGCCCCUGCGCCCCGGCCGAGCUCGGAGGGAAGGACGGGAAGACGCUGGCUCUCUGCCACAGCUUCCCCGCCGACGAAAACAACCCGCCAGAGCUGCUGACGGUGCUGACCAGGCCGCCACAGUCGCCCAAAAACCAGUCGCCCAAACACCAGCCGCUGGCGUCCAUCCAGCCGUGCCAGCAGCUGCCCGUCCAGCCCGGGACGUCCGACACGGUGCUGCCACCCAGCCCGCACCGCUCGCCCUGCUCGCCCCAGCACGGCAGCCCCGGAGAGGGAGGAGGAGGAGGGGGCGGAGCCGGAGGAGGGGGAGGGGGCGGAGCUCUGCUGCAGCUGCUGGCGGGCGGCCACAGCCCGCUGCCCUCGCCCCGCUGCUCCAGCCUCAGCAGUCUGAGGUUCAACUCCGACCCCGACACCGCGCCGUCGCCGCCCUGCAGCCAGCAGUACAUCCUGUGUCGGGGGCGUGGCAGGACAGAGGGCUCGGACGAAGAGGCUCCGCCCUCCAUCCCUCUGCUCACCAGACACAUUCAGAUGCUGAAGAAGAAAGUCAGGAAGUUUGAUGAGCGAUUCGAGCAGGAGAUGAACUACAAGCCGUCCCUCAAUGAUAAGAACACAAACCCAGAAAUGACUAAAGUCAUGACUGAACUGGCCAGGGCUCGCAAACAGCUCAAAGAGCUGAAGCUGAGGCAGUCGGUGUUCGAGUCCAAGGAGCAGGACAGUCAGGAGAGCGGCGAGAUCUGCAGGUACAGCUGCAGCCAGCAGGGGGCGUCAGACCACAAACCCACACUGGAGGAAACAGUGGAGUCUCUGCUGAGGAGACUGAGAGAGAAGAGACAAGCACUGGGCCUGCCUGACAACAUGAAGGAGAUGACCCAGGCUCAGAUGGUGCUGGAGAAGAUCACCCUGCAGAAAUGUCUGCUUUACUUUGAGAGUCUGCACGGUCGACCGGGAACCAAGCAGGAGAGGAACCUGGUCAAGCCUUUGUAUGACAGAUACCAGAUGAUCAAACACCUGCUGUGUGCCAGCCCCACCAUCACCACCAUAGAGGAAGAGGAGGACUCUGAUGAAGACUGCGUCGCCCGUCAUCGGCCCGUCCCGCCCCCCCGCAGAGUGACGCGCCCGGCGGCCAAUGAGGAGGACAGCGACCGGGACAGCGACCCCGCCUUCGUGUCCCCAUUGGACGAGGUGAAAGCUGUCCGUCAGCAGCCUGCAGUCACCAUGUCCAACCUGCACGAGGCCUCCAGGUCUCAGCUGCUGGAGUGUCUGAGGGAGACGCGAGCGGAGAAGAAGAGGCGGCGCAAAACUCUGAGGGAGUUCGAGGAGGAGUUUUACCGACAGACUGGAAGAACCUGCCAGAAAGAGGAUCGGACGCCCAUGGCGGAGGAAUACCAGGAGUACAAACACCUGAAGGCCAAACUGCGCCUGCUGGAAGUCCUGCUCAGCAAACAGGAAGUGCCCAAAACCACGUGA